CAUCAAGAAAAAGAAAAUAGUGGCAAUUAUGUGUAUUUGUGUACACUUAAUUAAUAAAAAGAAACAAAUAAAAGAAAAACCGAAAUUGAAGAAGCGAAGUGUUUGGGUGCUAGAUUGGCUUCAGAGGAGAAAUACUGACGGGGCGUAUGCAAAAACUCUGCGCGAGUUUCGUGAAGUGAAUAAUCAAAAAUAUUUGUUUAAAAAUUAUCUUCGCAUGAACGAAGCCACUUUUAAUUAUAUUCUUGAAUUAGUCUCCCCAAACAUAAAAAAGUGACACCAAUAUGCGCAAAGCAAUACCAGCAAAUGAACGUUUGGCGGUUACACUUCGCUUCCUUGCCUCUGGAGACAGCUUCAAAAGUUUAUCUGUUGACUUUCGCAUUGCGCCGAAUACCAUAUCUAUAUUUGUGCCGGAGGUUUGCGAUGCAAUUUACAAAGCUUUGAAAAAUGAAUAUUUACAGGUUCCAAAUAACGAACAGAUGUGGAUUGACAUUGCCCAAAAAUUUAGUGAUAAAUGGAAUUUUCCCCAUUGUAUAGGCGCAGUUGACGGGAAACACAUUGUGAUGAAGGCUCCGCCGCGGUCUGGAAGUACCUUUUAUAAUUAUAAAGGUACUAAUAGUAUUGUACUUAUGGCUAUUGCGGAUGCGGACUACCGAUUUAUAUAUAUUGAUGUCGGGUGCAAUGGCAGAGUUUCGGACGGCGGCGUUUUUGGAAAGUCCACAUUUCAGAAAGCUUUGGACAAUAACACACUGAGAUUGCCUUUACCACAACCAUUGCUAAAUCGUGACCGUGAUUGUCCAUACUUGUUAGUGGCGGAUGAUGCAUUCCGCAUGCAAAAGCACAUUUUAAAACCAUACCCUGGUAAAAAUUUAACUGCCGGUCAACGCAUAUUCAAUUACCGAUUGUCACGUGCUAGGCGCGUUGUCGAAAAUGCAAUUCAACUGAAUGAGCAUAAAACGACCCAAAUAACACUGGCCUGCUGUGCCUUGCAUAAUUUUUUAAUAAAAAAAAAUGCCAGUUAUUUGGAAGGUUUAACUACAGAUAGGAAUGAUCAACAAGACAAUUCAGUUCCUGAGCAACAAGGAGCAGAGGAACGUCCAACGACAUACAUAACCAAUGAAGCCAAAGAAAUUCGUGAGGAGUUCGAACAAUAUUUUAUGACAGCCGCUGGAGAAAUACCAUUUCAAUAUACAUAGAUGUUUAUGUUAAAUAAAAUUAAUGAUUUAAAUAUGUAUGUAACUUUAUUAAUAUAGAAGAAAAAACAAUUCAAUGAAA